AAACGGUUUCCACUAGUUACCCCAGCCACAAAAUAUAAAUUGGCUUUAUCGUAAAAAUGUAUGAAAACAACCAUUUGCUUUUUGGUUUUAAUUUUAGGGUUAGGCUUGAGAUUAGCAGUCUGGUCAAGGGAAGGGUUAAGAUCACAUUUUAAGAAGAUAAAUUGUAGAAAUAGUCGGGGUUUAUGCAGGAUCCUGUGGCUGUGUCACCUAGUGACGACCGUUCAAAACACUUGGGAACCGAGGUUGAAUGAAUGGAUCAUUUAAAUAUAAUUGCAGCAACCGGGAAGCAGUUUGAUUUACAAAUGCAUUACUCUUAAAUAUUACUAACUUUAGAAAAGGCUUAUGUGCUCCGCGACGCUUGAUUUUCGACUCGGGAGCUUAAUGUGACAGGUGUCGGCGUUGAGUCCUUUUCAGCACCACUGCAUCAACAUGGGUGUGAUUGGUGUGCAGCUGGUGGUUACCAUGGUAAUGGCCAGUGUCAUUCAGAAGAUCAUACCUCAUUAUUCCUUCGCAAGAUGGCUGCUCUGCAGUGGAGGUCUUCGGUGGUACCAGCACCCUACGGAAGAUGAGUUGAGGAGCCUUGCUGGAAAACAACAAAAAACAAAGAGCAAGAAGGACCGGAGGAACAAUGGCCACAUAGAUUACAAGCCUCUGACCAUUCCCAAGGACAUAGACCUGCAGCUGGAGACCAAGUGCAUCACAGAAGUGGAUACGUUAGCAUUGCACUACUUCCCAGAGUUCCAGUGGCUGGUGGACUUCACGGUGGCAGCCACAGUGGUGUAUCUGAUCACAGAGCUGUACUACACUGUGGCCCAGCCCUCAGGAGAGAUGAACAUCAGCGUGGUGUGGUGCCUGCUGGUCCUUGCCUUUGUCAUUAAGACUCUGUUCUCCCUGACGGCCUUCUACUUCAAGCUGGAGGAGGGCGGUGAGCGCUCGCUCUGCAUCACCUUUGCUUUCUUCUUCUUCGUCAAAGCCAUGGCCAUCCUCAUCGUCACCGAGAACUACCUGGAGUUCGGCCUGGAGACAGGUUUUGCAAAUUUCUCCGAAAGUGCCACACAUUUUUUAGAGAACCAGGGGUUGGAGUCCCAGGGUCCCAUAUCUAAACUCACCUUUAAGCUGAUCCUGGCCCUGCUCUGCUCUCUGAUUGGUGCAUUUCUCACCUUCCCCGGCCUACGAUUGGCCCAAAUGCACCUGGACGCCCUCAACCUGACCACAGCUAAAGUCACACAGACCUUGCUUCAUAUCAACUUCCUGGCCCCUCUUAUUAUGGUAUUAUUGUGGGUCAAGCCCAUAACCAAGGACUACAUCCUGAACCCUACCCUGGGGAAGGAGAGUGUGCCUUUGAUGAAUGAGGAGACGUACGAUACGUUGCGUUUAUGGACCAUCCUGCUGCUGUGUGUGCUGCGCCUGGCUAUGAUGAGGCACCACCUCCAGGCCUACCUCAGCCUGGCCCAGAAGGGCGUGGAGCAGAUGAAGAAGGAGGCGGGACGCAUCGGCACCGUCGACCUGCAGAAGAUGGUGGCCCGUAUUUUCUACUACCUAUGUGUAAUCGCACUGCAGUAUGUGGCACCCUUGGUGAUGUUGCUGCAUACAACCUUGCUGCUAAAAACCUUAGGUGGACACUCCUGGGGUGUGUACCCUGAGGAAGACUUCCCCUGUCCGCUGGACUCUGACCCUGCCAUGGUGGCAGCACCAACUGCAGCUCCAGGGCCGGAGGUGGAGGCCCAGCUGUCAGUGGCUCUCGGGGGCUUGCGGACAGUGUUCACCCCCCUGCUUUUCCGCGGCCUCCUCUCCUUCUUCACCUGGUGGAUCGCUGCCUGCCUCUUCUCCACAUCAAUAUUCGGCCUCUUCUAUCAUCAGUAUCUUAUGGCGGCAUAGCAGCAUUGCCCCAGGGUCAGUGUGGUGUCCCACAAGGCUCUGUUCCAGGCCAGUUCAGAAGUGACUGAGUUGUCAUUAGGUGCCCUAAUGCUUCCUCAAUGGAUGACUCUAAACCUUGUUUUUUUACAACCUUAUUUUUGAGAGCAGGAUUCACAAAUCCUUACCAUGAGACUAAUGUAAAUGAGGGUAGUGAUAAUAUACACUGAGUGUACAAAACAUUAAGAACACCUUCCUAGGGGCUGUUAUGGUGACCGUAUUACCGCCACACUGGCGUUCAUGACAGCAGUCAAAUUCCAUGUGACCAUUUAGUCACGGUAACUUGGCUUCUCCAAGCUCUGCUGCUGAUGGUCAUUAGUAGACUACCAAACCUGCUUACUGCCUGGUACUCAGCACACUAUUGUCACUCUGACAACAAUGCAAAGAAAUCGAAAAUCAAACACUCCAUGUGAGCCCAUGAGCUCAUGUGCAACAUUUCUAUAGGCUAUGCAAUUGUGUGAGAGAACAAGAGUUUUGAUGGCCUCUAUUUUUAUGAUUUAUUUCACCUUUAUUAAACCAGGUAGGCCAGUUGAGAACAACUUCUCAGUUACAAAUGCGAGCAGGCCAAGAUGGAGCAAAGCAGUGCGACACAAACAACAGAGUUACACAUGGGAUAAACAAACAUACAGUCAAUAGCACAAUAGAAAAAUCAAUAUACAGUGUGUGCAAAUGUAGUAAGAUUAGGGAGGUAAGGCAAUAAAUAGACCAUAGUGGUGAAGUAAUUACAAUUUAGCAUUAACACAGGAGUGAUAGAUGUGCAGAAGAUGAAAUGUGCAAGUAGAGAUACUGGGGUGCAAAGAAGCAAAAAAAUAAAUAACCAUAUGGGGAUGAGGUAGUUCGGUGGGCUGUGUACAGAUGCAAUGAUCGGUAAGCUGCUCUGACAGCUGAUGCUUAAAGUUAGUGAGGGAGAUAUAAGACUCCAGCUUCAGUUAUUUUUGCAAUUAAUUCCAGUCAUUGGCAGCAGAGACCUGGAAGGAAAGGUGGCCAAAGGAGGAAUUGGCUUUGGGGAUGACCAGUGAAAUAUACCUGGUGGAGCAUGUGCUACAGGUGGGUGCUGCUGUGGUGACCGGUGAGCUGAGAUAAGGUGACGCUUUACCUAGAAAGACUUUAUAGAUGACCUGGAACCAGUGGGUUUGGCGACAAAUAUGAAGCAAGGGCCAGCCAAUGAGAGCAUACAAGUUGCAGUGGUGGGUAGUAUAUGGGGCUUUAGUGACAAGACGGAUGGCACUGUGAUAGACUACAUCCAGUUUGCUGAGUAAUGUCGGGGGCUAUUUUGUAAAUGACAUCGCCGAAGUCAAGGAUCGGUAGGAUAGCAUGAGGGAAGCAUACUUUGUUGUGAAAUAGGAUGCCGAUUCUAGAUGUAAUUUUGGAUUGGAGAUGCUUAAUGUGAGUCUGAAGGGUGAGUUUACAGUAUAACCAGACACCUAGGUAUUUGUAGUUGUCCACAUAUUCUAAUUCAGAACUGUCCAGUGUCGUGAUGCUCGACAGGUAGGCGGGUGCGGGCAGCAAUCGGUUGAAGAGCAUGCGUUUAGUUUUACUUGCAUUUAAGAGCAGUUGGAGGCCACGGAAGAAGUGUUGCAUGGCAUUGAAGCUCGUCUGGAUGUUUGUUAACACAGGGUCCAAAGAAGGGCCAAAAGUAUCCAGAAUGGUGUCGUCUGCGUAGCGGUGGAUCAGAAAAUCACCAGCAGCAAUAGCGAUAUCAUUGAUGUAUACAGAGAAAAGAGUCGGCCCGAGAAUUUAACCUUGUGGCACCCCCAUAGAGACUGCCAGAAGUCCGGACAACAGGCCCUCUGAUUUGAAACAGUAAUGUAUAUCUGAGAAGUAGUUGGUGAAGCAGUCAUUUGAGAGACCAAGGCUGUGGAUUCUCCUGAUAAGAAUGUGGUGAUUGACAGAUUCGAAAGCCUUGGCCAGGUUGAUGAAGACUGCUGCACAGUACUGUCUUUUAUUGAUGGCGGUUAUGAUAUCGUUUAGGACCUUGAUCGGGGCUGAGGUGCACCCAUGACCAGCUCGGAAACCAGAUUGCAGAGCGGAGAAGGUACGGUGGGUUUCAAAAUGGUUGGUGAUCUGUUUGUUAACUUGGCUUUCGAAGACUUUAGAAAGGCAGGGUAGAAUAGAUAUAGGCCCUUAACAGUUUGGGUCUAGAGUGUCUCCCCCUUUGAAGAGGGGGAUGAUCGUGGCAGUUUUCCAAUCUUUAGGGAUCUCAGACGAUAUGAAAGAGGUUGAACAGGCUAGUAACUAUUUGCAACCCCAAUCUGUCUAGAUUGUCUAGCCCAGCUGAUUUGUAGGUGUUAGAUUUUGCAGCUUUUUCAGAACAUCAGCUAUCUGGAUUUGGGUGAAGGAGAAAUGGGGGAGGCUUGGGCAAGUUGCUGUGGGGGGUACAGAGCUGUUGACCCAGGUAGGGGUAGCCAGGUGGAAAGCAUGACCAGCCGUAGAAAAAUGUUUGAAAUUCUUGGUUAUUGUAGAUUUAUCAGUGGUGACAGUGUUUCCAAGCCUCAGUGCAGUGGGCAGCUGGGAGGAGGUGCUCUUUAUCUCCAUGGACUUUUUGGGGUAAGUGCUACAGGAUGCACAUUUUUGUUUGAAAAAGCUAGCCUUUGCUUUCCUAACUGCAUGUGUAUAUUGGUUCCUGACUUCCCUGAAAAGUUGCAUAUCGCGUGGGCUAUUCGAUGCUAAUGCAGUACGCCACAGGAUGUUUUUGUGCUGCUCAAGGGCAGUCAAGUCUGGAGUGAACCAGGGGCUUUAUCUGUUCUUAGUUCUACAUUUUUUUUAAUAGGGCAUGCUUAUUUAAGAUGGUGAGGAAGGCACUUUUAAAGAAUAACCAGGCAUCCUCUACUGACAGAAUGAGGUCAAUAUCCUUCCAGGAUACCCGUGCCAGGUCGAUUAGAAAGGCCUGCUCGCUAAAGUGUUUUAGGGAGCGUUUGACAGUGAUGAGGGGUGGUCGUUUGAUCGCGGACCCAUUAUGGAUGCAGGCAGUGAUCGCUGAGAUCCUAGUUGAAGACAGCAGAGGCGUAUUUAGAGGGCAGGUUAGUCAGGAUGAUAUUUAUGAAGGUGCCCGUGUUUACGGAUUUAGGGUUGUCCCUGAUAGGUUCCUUGAUAAUUUAUGUGAGAUCGAGGGCAUCUAGCUUAGAUUGUAGGACAGCUGGGGUGUUAAGCAUAUCCCAGUUUAGGUCACCUAACAGUACAAACUCUGAAGAUAAAUGGGGGGCAGUUAAUUCACAUAUGGUGUCCAGGGCACAACUGGGGGCUGAGGGGGUCAAUAACAACAGUGAGAGACUUAUUUCUGGAAAGGUGGAUUUUUAAAAGUAGAAGCUCAAACUGUUUGGGCACAGACCUGGAUAGCAUGACAGACCUCUGCAGGCUAUCUCCGCAGUAGAUUGCAACUCCACCCCCUUUGGCAGUUCUAUCUUGGUGGAAAAUGUUGUAGUUGGGGAUGGAAAUUUCUGAAUUUUUGGUUGCUUUCCUAAGCCAGGAUUCAGACACGGCUAGGACAUCAGGGUUGGAGGACUGUGCUAACGCAAUGAAUAAAACACACUUAGGGAGGAGGCUUCUGAUGUUAACAUGCAUGAAACCAUGGCUUUUACGGUUACAGAAGUCAACAAAUGAUAGCACCUGGGGAAUAGGAAUGGAACUGAGGGCUACAUGUCCUGGGUCAACCUCAACAUCACCAGAAGAACAGAGGAGGAGUAGGAUAAGGGCAUUGCUAAAGUCUAUAAGAACUGGUUGUCUAGUGCUUUGGGGACAGAGAAUAGAAGGAGCAGAUUUCCGGGCAUGGUAGAAUAGAUUCAGGGCAUAAUGUAUAGACUAUGGUAGGAUGUGAGUACAGUGGAGGUAAACCUAGGCGUUGAGUGAUGAUGAGAGGUUUCGUCUCCGGAGGCACGUUAAGCCAGGUGGCACGUUAAGCACGUUAAGCCAGGUGAGGUCGCCGCAUGUGUGUGGGGUGGAACAAAAGAGCUAUCUAAGGCAUUUUGAGCGGGACUGAGGGCUCUAAAGUGAUAUAAAACAAUAAAAACUAGCCAAGCCAGCAGUAGACAAGGCCUAUUGACAUUAGAGAGAGACAUGAAGCAAACACAGGUGUUGAUCAGAAGAGCUAAGACAACAACGGGUAAAUGGCGAUGAAUGGGCAGAGUGGGUCAGUUAGGUACAUACAGGACCUGAGUUUGAGGCUGGGGCCAACAGGUAAAUAAAAUGAGGUACCGUGUUAUUGAAACAGUCCAGGGGUCAUCAGCUAUGCACAGUGAGGGAAAAAAGUAUGAUCCCCUGCUGAUUUUGUACUUUUUCCCCCGGACAAAGAAAUGAUCAGUCUAUAAUUUUAAUGGUCGGUUUAUUUGAACAGUGAGAGACAGAAUAACAACAACAAAAUCCAGGAAAACGCAUGUUAAAAAUGUUAUAAAUUGAUUUGCAUUUUAAUGAGGGAAGUAUUUGACCCCUCUGCAAAUCUGCAAAACAUGACUUAGUACUUGGUGCCAACAAGGGUUUUGCCAAUCACAGAGGUCAGAUGUUUCUUGUAGUUGGCCACCAGGUUUGCACACAUCUCAGAAGGGAUUUUGUCCCACUCCUCUUUGCAGAUCUUCUCCAAGUCAUUAAGGUUUCGAGGCUGACGUUUGUUAACUCGAACCUUCAGCUCCCCCCACAGAUUUUAUAUGGGAUUAAGGUCUGGAGACUGGCUCGGCCACUCCAGGACCUUAUUGUGCUUCUUCUUGAGCCACUCCUUUGUUGCCUUGGCCGUGUGUUUUGGGUCAUAUUCAUGCUGGAAUACCCAUCCACGACCCAUUUUCAAUGCCCUGGCUGAGGGAAGGAGGUUCUCACCCAAGGUUUGACGGUACAUGGCCCCGUUCAUCGUCCCUUUGAUGCGGUGAAGUUGUCCUGUCCCCCAAAGCAUAAUGUUUCCACCUCCAUGUUUGACGGUGGGGAUGGUGUUCUUGGGGCCAUAGGCAGCAUUCCUCCUCCAAACACGGCGAGUUGAGUUGAUGCCGAAAGAGCUCCAUUUUGGUCUCAUCUGACCACAACACUUUCACCCAGUUGUCCUCUGAAUCAUUCAGAUGUUCAUUUGCAGACUUCAGACGGGUAUGUAUAUGUGCUUUCUUGAGGAGAGAGACCUUGCGGGGGCUGCAUGAUUUCAGUCCUUCACGGCGCAGUGUGUUACCAAUUGUUUUCUUGGUGACUAUGGUCCCAGCUGCCUUGAGAUCAUUGACAAGAUCCUCCCGUGUAGUUCUGGGCUGAUUCCUCACCGUUCUCAUGAUCUUUGCAACUCCACGAGGUGAGAUCUUGCAUGGAGCCCCAGGCCGAGGGAGAUUGACAGUUAUUUUGUGUUUCUUCCAUUUGCGAAUAAUCGCACCAACUGUUGUCACCUUCUCACCAAGCUGCUUGGCGAUGGUCUUGUUGCCCAUUCCAGCUUUGUGUAGGUCUACAAUCUUGUGAGCUCUUUGGUCUUGGCCAUGGUGGAGAGUUUGGAAUCUGAUUGAUGGAUUGCUUCUGUGUCUUUUAUACAGAUAACAAGCUGAGAUUAGAAGCACUCCCUUUAAGUGCUCCUAAUCUCAGCUCGUUACCUGUAUAAAAGACACCUGGAAGCCAGAAAUCUUUCUAAUUGAGAGGGGGUCAAAUACUUAUUUCACUCAUUAAAAUGCAAAUCAAUUUAUAAAAUUUUUGACAUGCGUUUUUCUGGAGUUUUGUUGUUGUUAUUCUGUCUCACUGUUCAAAUAAACCUACCAGUUAGAAAUAACUCUAAAUGAAGCAUAUAGGAGAACUUGUUUCUUUGUUAACCUAUCACAGAAUAGCCAUGUGUGGGCUCUCCCACAGAAAUCGUUUGAAAAAAGACCUUUGUGUUUUAUUCAGCUACAGUGGGGCAAAAAAGUAUUUAGUCAGCCACCAAUUGUGCAUGCCCCCUCACUUAAAAAAGGAGAGAGGCCUGUAAUUUUCAUCAUAGGUACACUUCAACUAUGACAGACAAAAUGAGGGGGAAAAAUCCAGAAAAUCACAUUGUAGGAUUUUUAAUGAAUUUAUUUGCAAAUUAUGGUGGAAAAUAAGUAUUUGGUCACCUAGAAACAAGCAAGAUUUCUGUCUCUCACAGACCUAUAACUUCUUCUUUAAGAGGCUCCUCUGUCCUCCACUCGUUACCUGUAUUAAUGGCACCUGUUUGAACUUGUUAUCAGUAUAAAAUACACCUGUCCACAACCUCAAACAGUCACACUCCAAACUCCGCUAUGGCCAAGACCAAAGAGCUGUCAAAGGACACCAGAAACAAAAUUGUAGACCUGCACCAGGCUGGGAAGACUGAAUCUGCAAUAGGUAAGCAGGUUGGUUUGAAGAAAUCAACUGUGGGAGAAAUUAUUAGGAAAUGGAAGACAUACAAGACCACUGAUAAUCUCCCUCGAUCUGGAGCUCCACGCAAGAUCUCACCCCGUGGGGUCAAAAUGAUCACAAGAACGGUGAGCAAAAAUCCCAGAACCACACGGGGGGACCUAGUGAAUGACCUGCAGAGAGCUGGGACCAAAAGCGUUUGACCUCUGUCAUUGCCAAAAAAGGGUAUAUAACAAACUUUUGUUAUUGACCAAAUACUUAUUUUCUGCCAUAAUUUGUAAAUGAUUUCAUUAAAAAUCCUACAAUGUGAUUUUCUGGAUUUAGUCAUAGUUGAAGUGUACCUAUGAUGAAAAUUACAGGCCUCUCAUCUUUUUAUGUGGGAGAACUUGCACAAUUGGUGACUGACUAAAUACUUUUUUGCCCCACUGUAUGUUCAAAAAUAUUUUCUUCAUAGUGUAAAAUAAUACCACAGAAUUCUAAGCAAAUUUUGUCUGCGCCCAGAGCCAUAUGGCAUAGCCAGAUUCUGCUCUUCUGAAAUAGGCUACCUAUUCUUCAUAUCAUGUUUCUUUAGACCUGUAAUGGAUUUAUUGUGAAGGUGUAGGCUAUAUUACAUUGAUUUAUUAGUCUUUUUAAAAUGUAGAUGUUCCAAAGUUCUACAUCAGUGGCUUGUAGGCUGCGUGGAAGCCAGGAGAUGCUAAACGUGUUUAUGUUAAUUGACGGUCAAUUACAGUGAGACCGGCAGUUAUUUUCACCGGCUGACAAAAUUUCAUGACCACCACAGCCCUACACCUUCCUAAUAUUGAGUUGCCUCAAUUCAUCGGGGCAUGGUGUCGAUAGUGUUCCAAAGGGAGACUGGCCCAUGUUGAGUCCAAUGCUUCCCAAAGUUAUAUCAAGUUGGCUGGAUGUCCUUUGGGGGGUGGACCAUUCUUGAUACAGACGGAAAACUGUUGCGCAUGAAAAACCCAGCAGUGUUGCAGUUCUUGACACUCAAACCAGUGCGCCUGGCACCUACUACCAUACCCCUUUCAAAGGCACUUAAAUAUUUGUCUUGCCCAUUCACCCUCUGAAUGGCACACAUACACACCAUGUCUGAAAGCUUACAAGUCCUUUACCCUGUUGUCCCUCCUUCAUCUACACGGAAUUUGAAAUGGAUUGAACAAGUGUCAUCAAUAAGGGAUCAUUCAGUAGCUUUCACCUGGAUUUCCUUGGCCAGUCUGUCAUGGAAAGAGCAGGUGUUCAUAAUAUUUUGUACACUCAAUGUGCGUACAGUCUUAAACAGAGCAGCAGAAACGACCUUGUCUCUGCAUACUGUGGUGGGGGAUUGGGACCUGUGGAUGGUGUGAUGGGACAUGAGAGCUAAACCACUGCUCGCAAGUCACGGUUUGAGAAAGGACAGCUGGAAGCGAUGCUAUUCCUGCUGGAGGAGGAGGAGGGGAACCUCACUGGGACAUUCCUUGCUGAGAUCCCAUCACUUGAAACUGUGCAAUGUGUUCUUAUGGUUUGUGGUGUAUAUAUUACCUGACCCUGGUACAAACUGAGCCAUACUGAAAGAAACGUGUGUCCCUUCUGACAAGCUGUGACAGCAGUCAGGUAGGGCAGCACACAGGGCAUGUUCAAGGGAAUAACAUCUGUAGAUGUUUUAUUUAAUCUUUUAGUUUGACAGGGAAAUCACACCAAUGUCUCUUUUACAGGUGUGCCCUGUAGAUUAAUACUUGUGUGUGCAGACUAAAGUAAACAGAAAUUGUGUUGUAGAUCUGUAAUGAUGCAAUGGGAUCCUUGAGAUAACGAGCGGUAUUAGUUCCGGUACUUUGGACAAAUCACGAUUUCGCAGGUGUUUCGGAAGGAGAGGGGACAUUUGACCCAUAGACAUGCCGUAACCUGCAGAGAGAGAGAAGGUGGAGGUCUUCGUUCCGGGUCUGAUCCUUUUUCGAUAUCUUCUCUUAACGUGGAACCAUAACUUAAAUGGGCAUUUUACCAAUUACACAAGACUUUACUUCUGGGUUAACUAAGAUUGGCAUGUGUGUAUGUGUCGUAUGUAUCCAUGUGAAUGUGAGUAAGAUCGCUGCUGUCAUGUUGGCAUACAUUAUGCCCGUGGGCAGCAGGUAGCCUAGCGGUUAAAAACUAAAAGGGCAUUUUGAUCAAGAGGAAAAGAGUUAAGUCAACUGCCACUUAUAAGCCACAGACUCUUUUCCUCCACCCUCCCAUCCUCCACCCUCCCCUCCCAUCCUCCACCCUCCCAUCCUCCACCCUCCCCUCCCAUCCUCCACCCUCCCCUCGACUCUCCACCCUCCCAUCCUCCCCUCCCAUCCUCCACCCUCCCAUCCUCCACCCUCCCAUCCUCCACCCUCCCCUCCCAUCCUCCACCCUCCCCUCCCAUCCUCCACCCUCCCCUCCCAUCCUCCACCCUCCCAUCCUCCACCCUCCCCUCCCACCCUCCGUCCUCCACCCUCCCAUCCUCCACCCUCCCCUCCCAUCCUCCACCCUCCCCUCGACUCUCCACCCUCCCAUCCUCCCCUCCCAUCCUCCA